AUGGAUAAAAAUUUGACAGAAAAUUCAACAAUUAUUUAUAAACAGAUCACAACACCUAAACUAGACCAAGGACCUUUAGUUGGAUUAAUAGUUUUAUAUUCUUUAACCACUUUACUUUCUCUGGUUGGCAACAUAUUUGUUGUGAUUGUUUUCAAAAAAGGUAAAAGGUCAAGGACUGAUUUGAGACCUUUCCUUAUUAACCUUGCACUUGCAGAUCUUUUGAUGGCUGCAUUUUGCAUGCCUUUUACUUUCGCGGACGCUAUAUUUCGUACAUGGAUAUUUUCUGAAGUGUUUUGUCCUCUAGUUCUUUUUAUCCAAAUGUUGUCUGUAGCGGCAAGUGUUUUCACAAAUACGGCGAUAGGAAUAGAUAGAUUUCUGGUAGUCAUGUUCCCAUUAAAACAUCGGUUUACUCAACAAAGAUACAAAUAUGUUAUUAUAUCAAUUUGGAUAUGUUCUACGUCAUUAGCUUCGGUACAAUUUUUCGUAGCACGAACAAUUACCUAUGACCCCGGCUAUCUUGUUUGCCAGGAAGUCUGGCCAAAUACACAUUCUAGGCGCGUUUAUACCGUAAUACUUCUUUUAUUUACCUACAUAAUUCCUUUAUUCAUUUUGACAAUAACGUAUUCUGUUGUUGGAUUUUUACUUUGGAAAAGAACAACGCCAGGAAACAGAGAUCAUUAUCGAGAUUUCUUACAAUGGAAGUCAAAAAUAAAGGUCGUGAAGAUGCUAGUUAUAGUUGUUACCAUAUUUGGACUUUGUUGGCUUCCAUUACAUGUGUUCACGUUAGUCAUAGAUUUUCAACCGGAAGUUCUAGAUUAUGACACGGAAGCAGACGAGAAACUUUUGUUAGGCAUCUACCUCGGGGUACAUUGGUUAGCGAUGUCUAACAGUUUUGCAAAUCCAAUUAUUUAUAGUUUUACCAAUGAUAAUUUUCGGGCCGACUUAUUUACAUUGUUUUACAUCUGGUUUCCAUGUUGCACUUGUCUGAAGACUAUGAUACGUCGCACAAAUAGCUCAUCUACCAAGGACAGUUUUAUUUUUCGGCGACAGAGUACGUUACGCCGAAGCAUGGGAAGUUUCGGCGGUUCGCGGCGCCAAAUUUUAUUCGAUCAUAACCGACGAAACUUUGGGUCUUUUCAAAAUGGAACAAUUAGAGAGGAUUCUCGUGAAAAACAGGAAGAGAACGAAAGACAGUUAUUGCAAUUAGAAGAAAUUUUAGAAAAAGAAAUAACGCAUGGAAUACAAAUUUGCUGUGAUCAAAAAUCGCGAAAUACUGAAACACGUAUUGUAAGACAAUCAAGUUGUAAAGAUAUGUUAUGAAAUCUUCAAUGAAAUAGACAUAUUUCAAUUUAAUCAAUUAUACAUGCACAGUAAAAACCAAAAAAAAAAAGAUUUACUAUUUAUUAUUCUAAAAAUAAAGAAGAAGUGGUAUGCUUGCCAAUUAUUA